AUGAUCACAUCAUUGAUAGUAGAUAUAAUAAAAGACUUACUAUCAUCAAUACCAUCAUAUGUACUCGGUUGUCUACCAGCUAUCGCAACAAUAGGUGCUUCCCCAAUGCGGGGUUUUUUGGAGAAGCUCAUGUGGGUAUUCCGAUGCCUUGGUUGUCCAUUUACAGGGUUGUAUUAUACAUGCAACAUCAGUAAUGAUGAGUCAUCAUUAUGUUUAUACUGGCUUGAAGCAAAAUAUUUUAAAUUUGUAGGCAACCAUGACGAAGAAAAAUCCAAAGUUGAUGGUGACCAAUUAACCUACAGACCUAUCGGAAUUCAUUAUAAAAGUCUAAUUCGUGAAAAAUUCACGAGAGAAAUAAUUAAUAUAAUAGACGAAUGCACGGCACAAGCAUCUGUUCUAGAAAGGCUGUCAUCAUUACCCCCAGCAUAUUAUAUGGGGGUCGGUAUAUUUGCCGGAAUUUCUCGAUUGGUAAUACCUCGCGAUUGUGAAUUCUUGCCACAUAUACCGAUGGCUUUAAUAUGGAUAUUUCCUGCACUUUUCAGGAGAAUAGUUGGAGGAAUCUUAGUUGUAAAGGAUCCUAACGAAAAAUUUAAAAUGUUUGAAGAACAAAGCAAAAGAAUAACUAGUAAGAAGAACAGAAAGAAUAAACGGAAAAAGUUAACGAACAGAACACCUAAAAUACCCGUGAAAUACAGUGAUAAUCCUAAAUAUUUCUACGUAUUUUUGACUGGUUUUAUAUCGAUAAUAAUCCCCUGGACUGUUGUAAUCCUGGCCAAUUUGACGCCUCCAGUUGGCUGUCGUUGCCGAUGCAGAUAUUUAAGUGUUCAGGCCUCCAUAUGGUCAUUUAAUAGUUUAUUGGCAUUAAUACAACAUUGCAUGGGAGAGAAAAGUGUGAAAGGUAAUACGUACCUGCACGCAUGGUUCUUUAUUAGCGGUUUAAUAGUUUUUUUCUUAUUGAUCGGAUUUGUCGUGAUGACCAGCAACAUAUCAAUUUGGGUUAAUAUUUUUGGAAAUUAUUGUGCAUGUACAGUACAAUGA